AUGUACUCCGAGCCUGAAGCCGAGGUCAAGGCCCCCACCCCGCUGCCAUCAACUCAGCUCGCGAUCGUCCUCUUCCUCCGCGCCACCGAGCCCAUCUCGUACCUCGUCUGCUUCCCUUUCAUUAACCAGAUGCUCCUCGACAUUGGGGUGGUGGACGACCCGCGUCGCGCAGGCUUCUACGCCGGCAUCGUCGAGAGCGUGUUUGCGUUCACCGAGCUCCUCACUGUCUUCCACUGGGGAAGCUUGAGCGACCGGAUCGGGCGCAAGCCGGUUCUCCUCAUCGGUUGUGCAUUCAGCGCCGUCUCAGCUGCGACCUUCGGCCUGAGCAAGUCACUGACCAUGCUCGUGGCGACGCGGGCGAUCAACGGGCUUGCCAACGGCAACGUCGCCGUCCUCAAGAGCGUCAUCGGCGAGAUCACGGACGAGAGCAACCAGGCGCGCGCCUUCAGCCUCUUCCCGCUCUCGCUGGCAAUCGGCACCAUCCUCGCCUCCAUGGUCGGCGGCUAUCUUUCCAACAUCACCGUGACAUUCCCGGUACUAGGGGACACGCUUCCGUUCCUCGCGACGUACCCAUACUUCCUGCCCUCGUUCGUCGCGGGCCUCUUCCCGGCGCUCGCGGGCAUCGUGGCCCUUCUGUGGAUGGAGGAGACUCUGCCCGACUGCGCCCAAACCGCAGGAGAGAUGGAAGAGGUUCACGAGCGCAGUCUCUCGGCUCGCGAGCUCCUUCGGGACCCGGCGAUCUGGCCGCUCAUGUACAGCUUCGCGCUCAUGUCACUCGAAGCGAUCGCGUACCAAGCCCUCCUCCCGCUGUUCUUCUUCACGCCCGCCAAGCUUGGCGGCCUGGGCUUCAGCGAGGCGCAGAUCGGGAGUGCCCUCAGCCUCCGCGGCAUAGCCACCGUCGGCGUGCAGCUCUUUGUGUUCCCCAGACUCGUAGCCCACGUCGGCGCAACCCGCCUCUUCCGCAUCCUCAUCGCCCUCUACAUCCCCACCUUUGUUCUUCUGCCCCUCCUCAACGUCCUCGCGCGCACGCACGCGGCGCUCGAGUGGGCGGGCGUCGCCGCCGUCCUCCUCCUGGGCGCGGUCAGCAACAUGGCCUUCGCGUGCAACCUCAUCAUGACCAACGACGCCGCGCCCAACCGCCGCAGUCUCGGCGCCUUGAAUGGCCUCGCGGCAUUCUUCUCCGCCUGCACACGCGUUAUUGGACCCGGCGCGGCCAACGCCCUCUUUGCGCUCAGCGUCGAUAGGCACGUCCUCGGGGGUAAUCUCAUUUGGGCCGUUAUGGUUGGUGUAGCCCUGCUCGGCUGGCAUUCCAGCCUGUUCCUCAAGAGGGAGUACCGCAAGCGUGCGUAG